AUGGCUCGACCAGGACGACUGAUUUUGUUGGCUGCCGCGCUUCUGAGUGGCAUCUCCUGGUGCUUCUUGUCCAGCCCAGAGAAGUUGCCAAAGGCCAAGUCUGGGAUUGACUUCAACCCAGCAGUGGCUGCCUCUGCUGCGCUGCCAGCCUUGACGAUGCUGGCGGAGGAUGCGGAGGCGAAGUAUGGCGACAAUCGAAAGUGGUCGGCUGUCCUGGUGCCUCUGACCACCUUGGUCUUCCCAAUGGUUGGCUUCGGCUCCUUCGUUCUGUACUCCUUCCAGGAGGAUGCCUUUUGGCGCCUCGUGCCGGGCACCAAGCGUGCCAAGGAAGCGCAGGGACCUUGGCGGCCUUCAACUUCUGGCGAAUAG